AUGAAGUCUGUCGACAUCGACGCGUCGGAGCUGAGGUCGCUGGACUACUGCGGCACGGUGCCUGCCGAGCCGCUCCUGACCUUACACGGCUCGCGGGGAGUCCCGUCGUGCACCGUGGACUUCUGCAGUGUGCUCUCCGAGGAUACAGAGGUUACAGGGUUUAGGGUGUUCAUGCAAAAAAUCAGUGAUGCCAAGCACCUCCACCUGCACCAUCGUAGACUGGAGAGCAGGUUCUUCCUAGGUUUCCCUCCAUUCUCUACCCUGACGCGGCUCGUGUUGCAAGGGCCCCUCGUGAACUGCGGCACCGUCGUCUCCGUGGGUAGAAUCCUGGAGCAGACCCCGAACCUGGAGGUCCUGUCGCUCUACAUGGAAGAGCAUGUCGUGUACACGAAAAAGAAAGAUGAUACCAUGGGCAGGGACCUGACCAUGAGCGAGGAAGAUGAGGAGGAUGACGCCGUGGAGAAGGAGAAGGAUGCGGAUGAUUCGUUGGUAGCUCCUGAUGAGGAGUCCAUGGUUCCUGACGAGUCGAGCUUCUCGAUGCCGUGUCUGCGGCACCGAGUGAAGGAGAUCAACAUGGUGCACUACGUGGGCGACGAGACGCAGAGGAUGAUGGCCAGGCUGCUGUUCGGCAACGCUCUUGUGCUUGAGAGGAUGUGCGUCGUCCUCGUGAAGGGGACGUUCGCGCUGCAGUCUAGGCUCAAGAACGAGAUCGACAGCUGGGUGGUGGCCAAUGCAGAAAAGGUUUUCCUGUGA